AUGACUCUCUCCUUGUUCGACGUUCGCAAACAGCUUGCGUUCUACGGUUCCUACCAUUCCAAUCCAGUCAAUAUCCUCAUUCACAUCUUCGGGGGUCCCAGCUAUUCUGUGGUGCGUCGUUCUCUCACCGCGAGUUCACUACUGUUGGCUACUCGCAUCCAAACUCCCACGUUUUUGCCAGAGUUUCGCUAUACGUUCAAUGAGUACCUCUUAUUCGAUUUGAACACGCCCGCGGUGGUCACUGCCAUCUACAUUGUAUAUUACCUCAUUCUUGAACCGUUUGCUGCGUUGUUGUACGCGCCGCAAAUGCUGGUGUCAUUACUGACAGCAACAGCUCACGCACACCGCCCUGAUGGUAUUCGAGACGCAAUUAUUGUUCAAAUCAUUUCAUGGAUUGCACAGUUCCUUGGACAUGGACUUGCUGAGGGUCGUGCUCCAGCCCUUCUGGACAACAUUGUUGGUGCCCUUGUACUCGCUCCUUUCUUUGUGCACUUGGAAUUGAUGUUCAUGAUCGGAUAUCGUCCCGCCCUGCACAAGCAGCUGCAAAACGAUAUAGGCGUUGAGAUCGCCAAGAUGAGAAAGGCAGAAGGCGACAAGAGACGCCUUGCAGAAAAGAAGGCCAGUUAA